CGUGUAGUAGCGGGGGCGGCGGCCGGGGGCAGCGCGGCUCCUUCCCUUGUUGUGUGUGUCGGUGCCUCCUCGCCAUCUUGUUGCAAAGCCUUUUCUUGUCGGCGGGACUCCCGGGGGCCGCGGGGAGGGAGGCAUCAGAAGGAGGAAGAGAGGGAGGGGAAGGAGGGAGGCAGUGCCACCUUUUUUUUUUGCAUCAAUUUCUUUUUAAUUUGCAAAUAAUAUUUUGCAAAUAUUUUGGGAAACAUUGAUUUUUCUGCCGGCGCUCCCCCGUUCUUCUUUGCGGAGUGCGCCGCGCCGCCCAGCCCUGUCGCCCCCCCGGAGGUGAUCCCUCCCUCCUGCCUGCCCGCCAGCCUGACCUGUGCCGGGCUCGCGGGCCGCAGUCUCGGCCCCGGCGCGCCCCCGGCAGCUCUCGGCGCAAUGAGCAUAGAGACGCUCCUGGAGGCGGCCCGCUUCCUGGAAUGGCAAGCGCAGCAACAACAGAGAGCACGUGAGGAGCAGGAGCGGCUUCACUUGGAGCGGGAACGGGAGCAGGAGCAGAAGAAGGCCAGCAGCCUAGCCAGACUGGCCCAUGCCCUGCCUGUGGAGGAACCCUGCAUGGAGGCACCACCUCUGCCUCUGUCCCCACCGGCACCCCCACCACCACUUGCCACCCACACCCCACUUACCGUCAUUCCUAUUCCAGUAAUGACCAAUUCCCCUCAGCCUCUGCCCCCGCCACUGGCCCCCACACCCCAGCCUCUGCCCCUGGCACCUCGCCAGCCCACCCUGGUUAGCACUCCUGGACUUGGCAUUAAGGAGUCUGCCCCCUUGCCUACCAGACCACAGGUGCCCACCCCUGCUCCCCUACUGCCAGACUCCAAGACCGCUAUUCCACCCACUGGCAGCCCCAAGCCUCUGCAGCCCCUCCCCACGCCCAUCCUGACCAUAGCACCACACCCUGGAGUCCAGCCCCAGUUGGCCCCCCAGCAGCCACCCCCACCCACUCUUGGGACCCUGAAGUUGGCACCAGCUGAAGAAAUCAAAUCCAGCGAACAGAAGAAGAGGCCUGGGGGGAUCGGAACCAGAGAAGUCCACAACAAAUUGGAGAAGAACAGGAGGGCCCAUCUGAAGGAAUGCUUUGAGACCCUGAAACGCAACAUCCCUAAUGUGGACGACAAGAAGACAUCAAAUCUGAGCGUGCUGCGGACGGCGCUGCGGUAUAUCCAGUCCCUGAAGAGGAAGGAGAAAGAAUAUGAGCAUGAGAUGGAGCGGCUGGCACGGGAGAAGAUUGCCACGCAGCAGCGGCUGGCAGAGCUCAAGCACGAGCUGAGCCAGUGGAUGGAUGUGCUGGAGAUCGACCGCAUGCUCCGGCAGACAGGCCAGCCUGAGGACGACCAGGCCUCCACCUCUACUGCCUCCGAGGGUGAGGACAACAUAGACGAGGAUAUGGAGGAGGACCAGGCUGGUCUGGGCCCACCUAAACUGAGCCAUCGCCCCCACCCGGAGCUGCCGAAGCCACCACCCAGCACUGCCCCUGCACCUCUGCCUGCCCACCCACGCCCCCCUUCCCAGCCUGUGACCCUGUCUCCUGCCCACCUGCCCGGGCAGCAGCCACCACCACAUCAGAAGACACCGCUGCCGGCACCUCCUCCCCCACCAGCUGCCCCUGCCCAAACGCUGGUUCCCGCUCAAGCCCAUUUGGUGGCCACGGCUGGCGGAGGCUCCACGGUCAUCGCCCACACAGCCACCACCCAUGCCUCAGUCAUCCAGACUGUGAACCACGUUCUACAGGGGCCGGGCGGCAAGCACAUUGCCCACAUUGCCCCCUCAGCCCCCAGCCCUGCUGUGCAGCUGGCACCUGCUACACCCCCCAUUGGCCACAUCACAGUGCACCCUGCCACCCUCAACCAUGUGGCCCAUCUCGGCUCCCAGCUGCCCCUGUACCCACAGCCUGUGGCAGUGAGCCAGCCUGUGGCAGUGAGCCACAUUGCCCACACCCUCUCGCACCAGCAAGUGAAUGGCACAGCUGGGCUGGGGCCCCCAGCCACAGUCAUGGCAAAGCCAGCCGUAGGGGCUCAGAUGGUGCAUCACCCCCAGCUGGUGGGCCAGACAGUGCUGAACCCUGUGACCAUGGUCACCAUGCCCUCCUUCCCUGUCAGCACACUCAAGCUGGCUUGAGCAUGUGGUCACUCAGAGGCCCCCCAGUGGGGGCAGGGAGGGGGACCUAGCCCCGACUCUCCCACCCACCAGCUCCACACAUUCCAGCCAGGCCCAGGCCUACCCCACCCAUACACACCCCCAGGCCUCCUAGCGGAAGGGGGUGCAGAGACUCUGAGCCAGGGGAGGGAGAGGCCAGCCCUGGGAGCUGGGCAGAGGGCCGAGGGUCACCCCACUGCACUAGGACUUGAUAAAGUGAUGAAUGACACCCUGGUGAAUGUGCCACCCAUCCUGGUGUCAGCUCCAGUGCUGUUCCUGCCUCCCCACCCGUCCCCUGAAACCAGUGCGAUGUGGACGUUGUGUUCUCUGCCUCCCCCACCCUGUCUCCUGCUGCUGCUAUUGCUCUGCCUGGCGAGGUGAAUGCGUGUCCCGGCCCUCCUGUCCCAAGCUCCAGCCUUCUCUUCCCAGGCCUUUGGAGGGGAAAGGGGGUAAGCAGAACUGAAGCAACUUGGCCCAGAAAACUGGGGACUAUGGGAGGCCCUGCCCUGAGUACAGGUGACAGGUCUUGGGAAGCAGCUGGUCUGGAAUUCCACCCAGAUCGGUGGGCACCCCAGCCCGGGACUCUCCAACCCAGUGGCAGUCACUGUGAUUUGUUAAACAGAAGCUAGUGAAAACGAUUCUCCCACCAACCAACCAAACCCAAGCUGUUGCCAAGUUCCUUGAGCUCCCCCAAUCCUUGCCAUUGGCCCUGGGAGGGAAGGCGGAUGGUUGGGUGAGGAAGGAAGGGCUUGGCUACCUUCCCCACCAUUGGUCCCAGGGGAGCUCCUCUGGACCCCGGUUCCUACCCCGGGCGUAGCUGUUGGCUCCCAGGAGGAAGGUGCUGCCUGGCCUUGGCUGCCCUGGCUCCCUGGGCUCUGCUCAGCGCUGUGCACUUCCCUGAGGGCUGGGUGGGCCUGGGUGCUUCCUGUAGCCUGCGAGACAUGGACCUGCCUCUGGUCUGGGUUCCAGAGCCUGAAGCUACACAGAAGGUUAAAAUCCGGGGGCUCAGCCAAAGCCCCGAAUCCCUUCCUAAACGCCCUGGGGACCUACAGGGAAGGGAGCAGGCCCAGACUCGAGGACAGCUGCUGCUUCUACCCCAACUUCUCGUCUCUGGUCUCUUCCCAACCUCUCUUUCCGCUAAACAUCCCCUUCUCCAGGGGCUCUUCUGAGUGGACCCUCCCUCGUGGGGGCUGCUGUGUGCCACCACCUUCCUGAGGAAAGGUCCUUGGUUGGGCUAAGGGCAGGGCCGAGCUG